AAGAAGCUACGAAAAAUAAAACGUGCUCAGCAACACGCUGCUUUUUGUGCGGAGUUUAACCCACAUUGCGACGCAGGAGGUUCAGAACUACUUAACUGGAACCGUCCAUCUUCAAGUGGUCUUUGUGCUUGUUGAAGCUUCGGAGCCUAGUUAUCUUGGUUUACCUUAGCUUAGCUUCCGAACAGGAAAAACGUGGUUCGUCGCUUGAACAUCAAGUGGGAGCCUCCUAAAGUGUGCAAAAUGCGAGCAAGAAGGACGCCAGCCGAAAAGUUAGAGGCGGAACUUUGUGGUGCGAAACAUCAGCGACAACAUCAACUAUCGAAUGCUUGCAAAAUGCAAGUAAAAGUUGUUCUUCGCAGGCUACCAGAUCUAUAUGUCAGCCAAGACCAUCGUCCUGAGCACCAAGAGUCUGCAUGCAUCAAAGAGGAGGAAGAGUCCAGACCCAUCCAAGCUUUCGGAAAAUGUCUUUGUGCUGAGCGGCAGGAGCCAGAAUCUCCUGGCGUUAAAGAGGAUGUUGAGCUCACCCAAAUCAAAGAGGAGGAGGAGCCAGAGCCCCAUCUACAGAAGCAACUUCCAAUCAAAAAGGAGGAAAAGGAGGAGCUGUCAUAUGUUAAAGACGAGGAAGGUAUCACCGGGGCAAUUGGUGAGCCCUUGAAGAGUGAAGAUAGUCUGAGUGAGGCCAGCAGAGGGGCAAAUCCUCCGAGUGGCGGCAGCAGCUUAACAGAAAGAUUGCAAGCAGACAUUUUCAUCGCUCGAUCAGAUAGAAAUGGCGCCAAGUCACACUCGCCGUACAAUAAUGAUGGUUAUAAGAAAUCUCGCCGUGACGACAAACUCUGCAAAUGCUCUAAGUGUGGGAAAACCUUUGCUAAUAAGUAUACUUGUCGUACGCAUAUGAGGAGCCACACUGGUGAAAAACCUUUUUCCUGCUCAGCUGGUGGUCAAGGUUUUACUGAAAAGCAAAAUUUACAAAUACACAUAAGAACCGAAACUGGAGAAAAACCUUUUUCCUGCUCAGAUUGUGGUCAAAGAUUCAAUCGCAAGUCCACCUUAAAAAUACACGAAAGAACCCACACCGGAGAAAAACCUUUUUUCUGCUCAGAUUGUGGUCAAAGAUUCAAUCGCAAGUCCACCUUAAAAAUACACGAAAGAACCCACACCGGAGAAAAACCUUUUUUCUGCUCAGAUUGUGGUCAAAGAUUCAAUCGCAAGUCCACCUUAAAAAUACACGAAAGAACCCACACCGGAGAAAAACCUUUUUCCUGUCCAGUUUGUGGCAAAAGAUUCACGCAAAACCAACACUUGAAAAAACACACAAGAACCCACACUGGCGAAAAACCUUUUUCGUGCUCAGUUUGUGGUCAAAGAUUCGCUCGAAAGCCAUACUUGGACAUACACACAAGAACACACACGGGAGAAAAACCUUUUUCCUGCACAGUUUGUGGUCAAAGAUUCGCUCAAAGGCAACACUUGAAAAUACACACAAGAACCCACACUAGCGAAAAACCUUUUUCCUGCUCAGUUUGUGGUCAAAGAUUCACGCGAAAGCCAAAUUUGGACAUACACACAAGAACACACACGGGAGAAAAACCUUUUUCCUGCUCAGUUUGUGGUCAAAGAUUCGCUCAAAAGACAUACUUGAAAAUACACACAAGAGCCCACACUGGCGAAAAACCCUUUUCCUGCUCAGUUUGUGGUCAAAAUUUCGCUCGGAAGGACUACUUAAAUCAACACACACGAACCCACACUAGAGACAAACCUUUUUCCUGCUCUUUUUGUGGUCAAAGAUUCACUCGCAAGUCCACCUUACACAUACACGAAAGAACCCACACCGGAGAAAAACCUUUUUUCUGCUCAGAUUGUGGUCAAAGAUUCAAUCGCAAGAGAGCCUUAAAAAGACACGAAAGAUCCCACACUGGUGACGAACCUUUUUCCUGCUCUUUCUGUGGUCAAAGAUUCAGUCAUAAGAACACCUUGCAAAUACACGAAAGAAUCCACGCCGGGGAAAAACUUUUUUCCUGCUCAGUUUGUGGUCAAGGAUUCACUCUGAAGGAUCAGUUGGAGAGACACAUGGCCAAUGAUAUUACAUUUUUGCAUCGUGGGAAAAUACUUUUUACUUUAAAAUCUUAAAGCGAGUACUUUUGUACUGAGAAUUUUUUUUUUCCACCUGUACACCAACUCAAAACUAUUUUAUUAUUUAGUCACAUUGGACUAUUAUGAACACAACCACCUACAGGGUCGGUUGUAGGCAGACCUGUAUGAGGGCAGUCAGAAAUGUGUAGGGGGCAUCAUAUGUUCAUAUCAUGCUCGCCACUUUCACACGUACUACCCGGUUUAUUACUGGGACAUUUCCCCAUGUGUGAAAGCAGUGACACGGCUAAAUCCCGCGUCACUUUAUACUAAGUCUUCAGUCUUAAGGUGUCAUCCAGAUUUUAUAAACUAACAACAUACACUCACCGACCACUUUAUUAGGUACACCAUGCUAGUAACGGGCUGGACCCCUUUUGCCUUCAGAACUGCCUCAAUUCUUCGUGGCAUAGAUUCAACAAGGUGCUGGAAGCAUUCCUCAGAGAGUUUGGUCCAUAUUGACAUGAUGGCAUCACACAGUUGGUGCAGAUUUGUCGGCUGCACAUCCAUCAUGCGAAUCUCCCGUUCCACCACAUCCCAAAGAUGCUCUAUUGGAUUGAGAUCUGGUGACGGUGGAGGCCAUUUGAGUACAGUGAACUCAUUGUCAUGUUCAAGAAACCAGUCUGAGAUAAUUCCAGCUUUAUGACAUGGCGCAUUAUCCUGCUGAAAGUAUCCAUCAGAAGUUGGGUACACUGUGGUCAUAAAGGGAUGGACAUGGUCAGCAACAAUAAUCAGGUAGGCUGUGGCAUUACAACGAUGCUCAAUUGGUACCAAGGAGUCCAAAGAGUGCCAAGAAAAUAUUCCCCACACCAUUCCUCCACCACCACCAGCCUGAACCGUUGAUACAAGGCAGGAUGGAUCCAUGCUUUCAUGUUGUUGAUGCCAAAUUCUGACCCUACCAUCCGAAUGCAGAAAUCUGCUUUUUUCCAAUCUUCUAUUGUCCAAUUUCGAUUAGCUUGUGCAAAUUGUAGCCUCAGUUUCCUGUUCUUAGCUGAAAGGAGUGGCACCCGGUGUGGUCUUCUGCUGUUGUAGCCCAUCUGCCUCAAAGUUCGACAUACUGCGCAUUUAGAGAUGCUCUUCUGCCUACCUUGGUUGUAACGGGUGGUUAUUUGAGUCACUGUUGCCGUUCUAUCAGCUCGAACCAGUCUGGCCAUUCUCCUCUGACCUCUGGCAUCAACAAGGCAUUUCCGCCCACAGAACUGCCGCUCACUGGAUAUUUUUUCUUUUUCGGACCAUUCUCUGUAAACCCUAGAGAUGGUUGUGCGUCAAAAUCCCAGUAGAUCAGCAGUUUCUGAAAUACUCAGACCAGCCCUUCUGGCACCAACAACCAUGCCACGUUCAAAGUCACUCAAAUCACCUUUCUUCCCCAUACUGAUGCUCUGUUUGAACUGCAGGAGAUUGUCUUAAACCAUGUCUACAUGCCUAAAUGCACUGAGUUGCCGCCAUGUGAUUGGCUGAGUAGAAAUUAAGUGUUAACGAGCAGUUGGAGUGGUGUACCUAAUAAAGUGGCCGGUGAGUGUAUAUAUUAACUGGAUGACCUAAUGCUCAAAUAAAUUGGAACCUGAGAACUGAAAGGUAGUCUUAUAAAUAAUAUUGAAAAAAAUACUUCGUAAACUAAUUAGAUAUACUAACUAAACAGAACUUUUUUUGGGGGCGGGGGGGCUUUUUUUUUGUUAGCAGAAAAAUUGUUCAAAAAUCUCCCUUCACUCCACUCAACAACAAGUCUCCUACUUCCCUUUGCAAAAACUCACAAAUUUAUCCAUGUCCAAGUUGUUAAGGACUUCUCAUGGGCCAAGAUUAUCAUAUGUCUUCAGUCUGUCACUUGAAGUGGACACUGACUUAUUUCUGUGCUUGUUGUGACUAGUGUUGUUAAUCUUACUUUGAAAAAGUAAUUAGUUACAAAUGACUUGUCCCAAAAAGUAAUUGAGUUAGUAACUGUUACCUAAACCUAAGAGUACCGUAAUCGCCCGAAGAUUGCCCUGAUUAUAUGACGACCCCCUCUUUUUCAAGACUAAAGUUUGAAAAUACACUUUUUGAACACCAAAUUCAUUUUUAUACAGAAAAUAAUUACAUCUGAAAGUUCAAACAAAUGAUUAUAACAAUAUAUUUGAGAGAAAAAGCAUGUUAUUUUGCUUCAUUCAAAUCUUAAUAUCUGAACAUUUGAAUAUGUAAACUAAAGUGCAAUCACAUUCGUAAAUUAAUGGCUUCUGGUUUAUGAAAUAUAAAUAAACCAACCUACUGUGAUAAAACAACAAAAUUGCAAUAACUGCAUUAACCAUAAGGGGUUCGCUUUGGCCUGUGGAGUCAAAUUCAGCAUUCGCUUCAAUGAUAUCUGGCGCCAUCUAGCGUCGUGAAUGGGUAUAAUGUCUGGACCCCAAAUAUAAGACGACUCCUGCUUUUUCAGUCUUAUUUCAAUGGUAAAAACACCGUUUUAUAUUCGGGCCAAUACGGUAAUUGGUUACUUGGCAAAGUAACUGACGUUACUUUUCAUGUUCUUCACAUUAUUAUUAUUAUUUUUUUUUUUAAUUUUAUCUUUAUCAGGCAGUCUCAUUGAGAUUAAUAUCUCUUUUACAAGAGAGGCCUUAGCACAAAGAAACAUUCACAAAUAUCAAACAAUUCGAAAUACACUAACGGAAACCGUUACAAUAAUCAGUAAAAACAUCAGACAAAAGAGAUUUUAAAUCACCAAGAUGAAUGAUUGGCUCUAGUUUAAGAGUAGUUUGCAAUUCGUUCCAUUUAAGAGGAGCAUUUAAAGCCAGUUCUGCCACCAUUAGUGCAAGUGAAUGGAAUGUUUAGGGUUAAGUAGUUGGAUGAUCAUGUUUUGUAGUUACUGGAUUAGAAUGACAGGAGAGAUGUGAGGUAGUUCGGAAGUUUGCACAGUAAAGCCUUAUAAAUGAAUAACAUGAUAUGGAUAUUUCUUCUUGACUGUAGUGAGGACCAAACAACGUUUUGAUAAAGGGUACAAUUAUGAGUAGAAAUUGUCAUUGGUGAUGAAACGUAGUGCACUGUGAUAGACCGGGUUUAACUUUUGAAGAGUUGAUGGAGCUGCAUGACAGUACAGGAUGUCCCCAUAAUCGAGAACAGAAACAAAAGAAGAUAAUACAAUGGUUUUUCGGUUAGAAGUUGACAGCCUUGGAUUCUAUACAGGAAGCUAAGUUUAAAUUUAAGUUUACGGAUUAGAUGAUAAAUAUGACUUUUGAAUGAUAAAUUACUGUAAAUCCAAAUUCCUAAAUAUUUGUAUGAAUCAGUGAGAAUACCAUUUAGGGAUUUGAUUCCGGGUAAGUCAUUGUCAGUUAUAGUGGAAGUGGAGAAAACCAUGUAUUUAAUUUUUUCAGCACUUAAAACUAAUCUGUGAUUAUGAAGAGAUAUUUGAAAGCUAUCAAAAGCAGUCUGUAAAUGAGUCAGAGCUAGUGAUGGGGAAGAACCGGGCACAUAUAGAAUACAAUCAUCAGCAAAAAAGUGGACAUUAAAAUAUUGAUUAGGAAGAAAAAAUUAUUAAUGUAUAACGUAAAAAGGAGUGGUCCAAGGACAGACCCCUGCGGCACGCCAUUUUUAAUAGUAAGUGGACUUGAUUGAACACCGUCAGAAGCAACAGUGUCGCGUUCUGCUGCUUGUCAGAAUUCGUUUUUCUUGCAGAGCCGGCUGUGGGGGCGUGCCGACGUCGCACCUGCAGCUAAUCCCUGCUCGUCAGCUACAGUAUAUAAACGCAGGCUAUCCGGGAGAAGAACGCCAUGAUAUUUCCCUAGCUGGUCGCCAUUAACACGUACUGCUUUCGAGUCGCUUUGUAUUUGCCUUCUAGUUCUUCGGACAUCUUAGUUUUUGAUCCCCUACCUUUUGCAGGUAUUGAGUGUAUUUUUGUUUGUCUUUUUGGCUCUCUGCCCUCCGCUCAGUUUUCGCGGUUUGAUCCCCGUUUGACCUAUUUGUCACGGACCCCUUUUGUUAUUCCCUUUUUACCGCGUUCGCGUGUUUUGUUUAUUUAUGAUCAAUAAAUCCCCGAAUGCUUCCCCUCUGUUGUCUGUUGUUGGGUUCAAUCUUGUUCUCCGCAUUCGCAGAUCCUGACAAACAGUUUGUAUUCUGUCUGUAAGGUAGGACUUAAACCAGUUGAGGACAUUAACGUCUAAACCUAUGGCCUGCAGUUUAUGAAGUAGAAUUUUAUGAUCAACGGUAUCGAAUGCUUUUGAAAGCUCAAUGAAAAGAGCAGCACAGAACUGUUUAUUAUCAAGAAAGGAGACAAUGUUAUUUAGGACAGAAACUGAAGCUGUAAUUGUACUGUGACCUGGGCGAAAACCAGACUGUUGCGGCUGAAGUAUGUUUGAAUGAAUGAAUGAUAAAAACGGAAGCUUGGAUAUUGGACGGUAAUUAUUGAGGUCAGAGAUAUCACCAUUUUUAUGUAGCGGGAUUACAGUAGCAGUUUUCCAAGGGGAUGGGAUGAUGCUGGAAAGAAGCGUUUGAUUAAAAAUGUGAGCUAAAUAUGGACUGAUAAAAUGAGCACUUAAUUGAAGUAGAUAUGGAUCUAGAUGGUCUGCACCAGCAUUUUUGGAAGCCUUCCCUUUCCUCAAGAUUUUAAAAACAUCAGAACUUUGAAAUAAGAAGAAAGAAAAUUUGGGUUGAGAGUUGAGUUGCGAAUUAAGGGCUCCGUCUAAAGGAACGUUAUGAUAAUUGCUUUGAGUUGACAUGGAGAGAGACCAGAGGAUGGGAAGUGAUUGUUGAAUAAUUCAACCAUAGAUAAUUUAUCAGAAGUAUGAGCAGCUGCUUGAGUGAUAUGUGGAGGGAGAUGUGGCUUAGGUGAAUUCUUUAGAGAUGAAAUUGUUUUCCAGAAUUUGGCAGUGUUGUCAGAAGCAGAUUUGAUUUGGCUUUCUUCAUCAUGCUGGUGCAGAUAUUCCUUUUUUGCCUAAAUAAUAACCAGUCUUCAGGGGUGCCACUGGAUCUAACCCUGGACCACGCCUUAUCUCUGCUGUAAAUGACAGUAGCAAGUUGUGGGGAAAACCAGGGAUUGAAUCUGUUUUUAAUUCUGUGUUGUUUAAAGGGAUCAUGUCUGUCAGCAAUAACAGGGGCGGACUGGUAAUCUGUGGAUUCUGGAGGAUCACAGAAUGGCCGGUGCCCUAGACGGCCGGCGGCCGCCAUUCAUUUUACAUCACUGUUUUUAUCCCCCCCUAGUCUCUAAUUAUCUACAGUUCGCACCCAAUCCGACAGGUGGCAGCAAUGCGCCUGGCUGUUCAUCGCCAGUCUGAUAGAAGAACGAAGAACGCACAAAGUAGCCUUCAUUGGUUCUUUGUAGAAGCAAACUAUGAUGAGCGUUAACGCACAAUAUGGAUGGUGGUGGCAAAAAAAAGAAAAGAGAAGGGUGGUGCGAAGAAGGUUAGGCAAGGCAAGGCAAGGCAAAUUUAUUUAUAUAGCACAAUUCAACACAAGGCAAUUCAAAGUGCUUUACAUCACAUGAAGACCAUAAAAAUCACAUUUAAAUCAACACAACGUAAAAACCAAGACAAAUGAUCACAUCUAAUCACAGAAUAAAAAUAAAUAAAUAAAAAUAAAACAAAAAUAAAAAUAAAGCAAAAACUACUACUACUAAUAAUCAUUGAAAUCAGCAAUGGAGAUAAGCAAAAUAGGAAUAGAAGGCAGGUAGGUUGAAAUAUAUAGACAGUUAUGGAUAUGCAGUGCCAAACAAAAGCGUUUUUAGCCCUGAUUUAAAGGAGCUAACAGUUUGAGCAUACUUCAGACGUUCGGGUAACUUGUUCCAGAGGUGAGGAGCAUAAUAACUAAAUGCUGCCUCACCCCUCUUGGUUCUUGUUCUUGGAACAUGCAGAAGACCCGUUCCAGACGACCUUAGGGGUCUAGAGGUCUCAUAGGAAUCUAACAAGUCAAGCAUGUAUUUUGGUCCAAGGCCAUUAAGUGUUUUGUAGACGAGCAGUAGUAUUUUAUAGUCUAUCCUUUGACUCACUGGAAGCCAGUGUAGCGAUUUCAAAACCGGUGUAAUGUGGUCCAGCUUCCUUGUAUUUGUGAGGACUCUGGCUGCAGCAUUCUGUACUAGCUGCAGCUUCCUGACUGAUUUUUUAUCAAGACCUGUAAAUAUACCGUUGCAGUAGUCCAAUCUGCUGAAAAUGAAUGCAUGCAUAAGUUUUUCCAUGUCUUGUUGAGUCAGAAGCCCCUUAAUUCUGGUUAUAUUUUUUAGGUGGUAAUAAGCGGAUUUAGUGACGGACUUUAGAUGGCUAUCAAAUUUUAGGUCUGAGUCAAUAAUUACGCCAAGGUUUCUGACUUGAUUUAUAGCUGUUAGUGACAUUGUGCUAAGUUGGCUGCUUAUCUUUGACCUUUCCUUUUUUGGCCCAAAAAUGAUCACCUCUGUCUUCUCUACAUUUAACUGGAGAAAAUUCUGGCACAUCCAUUCAUUGAUUUGACGAAUGCAUUUACUCAGGGAGACUAAGGGACUAUAAUCAUGUGGGGACACAGAAAUGUACAGUUGUGUGUCAUCUGCAUAGGCGUGAUAGGAGAUAUCAUACUGUUCCAUUAUCUGAGCUAACGGAAGCAUAUAGAUGUUAAAUAAGAGUGGUCCAAGAAUUGACCCUUGAGGGACUCCACACGUGAAUUUGGUUCGUUCUGACUGAUAGUUUCCAAUUGACACAAAGAAAUCUCUAUCAUGUAAAUAGGAUGUGAACCACUGAAGAAUAGUGUCAGUAAGCCCUACCCACUGUUCCAAUCUGCUGAGUAGUAUGUUGUGAUCAACCGUGUCAAAUGCGGCGCUGAGAUCCAAUAGUAGCAGAACAGAUGAUUUGCCUGCAUCGGUAUUCCGACGAAUAUCAUUUAGGACUUUGAUAAGCACGGUCUCGGUGCUGUGUUGUGGCCGAAAUCCAGACUGAAAUGAGUUAAAAAGAUUGUUUUGCAUCAUAAAAGUCUGGAUCUGUUCAAACACAGCCCUUUCGAUAAUUUUCCCCAGGAAUGUCAGAUUUGAUAUUGGCCUGUAAUUACUAAUGGUUGAGGCAUCCAGAUUAGGUUUUUUUAGGAGAGGUUUUAUUACUGCAGUUUUUAAAGUCUGAGGAAACUCUCCUGUUUGGAGGGAAGUAUUUAUAAUCUGAAGUAUGUCUGGGGCUAUGCAAUGAAAAACAGUUUUGAAAAAGUUUGAAGGAAGGAUGUCAAGGCAGCAUGUUGUGGGCUUUAAUUUCGACACAAUUUCUGUUAAAGUGGCAUAGUCCAGGAGGCUAAACUGUCUAAGAUUGACGUGGGGGACAUUUUGGGAGGUGUUUAGUGUAACAUUUGUUAAUCCGGAGUUGCACACAGCCUGUCUAAUCUUUAGUACUUUGUGUGUAAAGAAUGCUGCGAAAUUAUUACAGGACACCUCAGAUGCCAAUUCCUGAGGUAUUGAUGCUUGUGGGUUUGUCAGUUUGUCAACAACAGAAAAUAGUGUGCGAGUAUUGUUGGUGUUUCUACUAAUGAUCUCUGAAAAAUAUGAUUGUCUAGCAUUUUUCAGUUCCUGGUUGUAUUUGCGAAGACUCUCUUUGUAGAUAUCAUAAAAAACUAGGAGUUUGUUUUUUCGCCAUCUGCGUUCUGCUCGUCUACAAACUUGUUUUUGUUUUAUAGCUUGUGUGGCAUUUCUCCAGGGUGACCUCUUCUUUCUUGACAAAGUUUUUGUCUUAAUCGGGGCAAUAGUGUCCAUUACAGUCAUCACACUGGAACUGAAACUAUUUACAAGUUCUUCCACUGGAGCUAUUGUAGAGGUUAAUGAUGAGGCAUAGGCCUGUGUGAAUAACGCACAUGUGUUAUCACUUAUGUAACGCUUCCUAAUCACCUCUGUUUCCCUUUUCAGAGGAUGGACAGGGGUGGUCAUUUUAAACAUAAUGCAGUAGUGAUCAGACAGAGCAACAUCAUUCACUGUGACCUCAGAGAUGUUAAGACCUUUGGAUAUUAUUAAGUCCAGUAUGUGCCCUCUGUUAUGUGUUGGAACUGUGACAUGCUGAGAUAAACCAAAUGUAUCCAAAAUAUUUAAAAGCUCUCUAGCACAUCCUUCUUCAGGAUUAUCAACAUGAAUGUUAAAGUCACCCACUAAAACAACACAAUCAAAGUCCAUGCAGACGGAAGACAGUAUUUUGGUAAGCUCAUCAAAAAACAUUGUGUUAUACUUCGGUGGUCUGUAAAUUGUUACCAAGGCAGCUCUGCAAGGGCUUUUUAGCUGAAUGACAAUAUAUUCAAAGGAAUCAAACUGACCACAUGAAAUAUUCGUGCAUUGAAAACUGUCCCUGAUCAGACUGGCAACCCCACCUCCUUUCUUAUGGGUUCUUGGAGCACUAAAGAAAUUGAAGUUUGUGGGGGUUGCCUCAAUCAGAACUGUCGAACUCUUAUCUUGAUCUAACCAAGUUUCUGUUAGGAACAACAUGUCAAGGUUAUGUUUGCUGAUAAAAUCAUUAAUUAAGAAAGAUUUGCCAGCUAAAGAUCUAAUAUUUAGCAGAGCCAAUUGGAGAUGCCAGACUGGAUUCACUGGUGAGUUUUGGGAAUGACUUACUAUGCUUAACAGGUUGGCAGAGUUGAUUGAACGUUUUUUAUUUCUCACCAGUCUAGCCCUUUUUUUGUUGUUUAUCACCACUGGGAUUGUUGAGCAUACAUACUGUACUCCAUAAGGCCCCGGCAUUUGCUGGGACAGAACAGUCUUUGUAAUGUUGUCACAGCCUGGACCCGGUGCACAUCAUAUUGGUGUCGCAAACAUGGCUUCCUCCAUAGAAGGAUAAUACCGUGUAAUUCCAGAGUUGUAGUGCUUUGGCUUUGCCCCGAGAGAAUUCCAGUGGAGGCUGGUUGGUUUGUUGCCAUCUUCCCCUGGCACCUGUCGGGUGUGACAGGUACAGGGUGGAAGCGAAGACAUGAACUUGAGGAGAUCAAGAGACUGGUUAACCUUGCCAUCUAGAUCCAUGGAGUCCCGAUCAGGUUGACUCAUUAUUUCAUCCAAACUAAGUCGUCGGCGGGGGGGCUUCCGGGACUGUGGGGAUUUAGGCCUUGAUGAGGCCUUAGCCUGACUGAGUCGGCGGAGUGGUGGCGUCUUGGAGUGUGAGGAUUUGGUGCUGGAUGGGGCUAUAUCCUGGAGUCGGUGGCGUGGUGGCGUCUUGGAGUGUGAGGAUUUGGGGCUGGAUGGGGCCUUAUCCUGGAGUCGGCAGCGUGGUGGCGUCUUGGAGUGCGAGGAUUUGGGGCUGGAUGGGGCCUCGACAGCAGAGGAUUGCACGGUCGGGUCGUUCUCCUCCUGUUGAGCUGAUGGAGCCACUUCUUGAGUCUCGUCUGAAGGGGGUCGAUCACCUGCUACCAGGGUCUCCUCCCGUUGAGGCAGUGGAGCCUCAGCAGAGGAGGGUUGGUCACAGCCUGGCAGGGCUGGCUUAGUCACUUCCCCUUCAGCGACUAUCGGCUCCAUUUUUGGAGGAGACAUUGAUUCUGCAUGCACACUGUCUGAUUCAGCACUCAUCCCAGCCACCAUGUUUAUCCGAUGUUUUGGGACAGCUUGCCUCCUUUCCUCGAGAUAAGCAGACUGUCUGUGCCUCAAGAGAUAAAACAUGCUGCUGCUUAGUAAACGCACUCCUGACUUAUUUAGGUGAAGGCCAUCGUUCUUAAAGAGAUGCCUGCGCCCUGAAAAUAUGUUGAAAUUGUCAAUGAAGUACAUCGAUUGUCCAGCGCAUGUUGCUUUGAGCCAUUUGUUGAGCAUCACUCUGCUGAAACUUUCAUCCCCCAGCCUGGGCGCGGGUAUAGGUCCACUGAAAAACACCUCAGUAUUUAAAGUUCCGACUUUGUUUAUCAGUUCAGUGAAGUCUUGCUUUAAAAGCUCUGAUUUUUGCUUCGCAAUAUCGAGGGCUCCUGUGUGUAUUAUCAGAGUAGUGGCUGUUGGAUGCUGAGCAGCAAUGCUCAGGAUUUUUUCAGAGAUAACAGACACCGUAGCUUUGUUAAAACAACAUACUCUGGUAUUGUUGCUACAAAAGUGUUUCAUCCCAUUCACAGCAAAGUCGCCCACUAUCAGAGUGCGGGGCCCAUUGGGUCGCUUUCUCUGUAGCCUGCUAGCACAUGCAUUAGCAUCAUACCUCUCUUUCGAGCUGGGUGUUCCAACUUUCCCUGGGUCAGGAGUCUCGGAGAGUGGCGUAAAUCUAUUUUCCAGUUGAAUUCCAGCAGCUUGAGGCACUUUGCUUUGAGCCUUUGUUGUUGCCUUGAUCUGUGAUAAUUUUCUUUCUGGUGCCGGAGUAGAUGACGCGGUCUUCUGCAGAGGUGGCCAUUCCUUUUCAUCGUAAAUCUGCCAGUGCUGGGUUCUGCCAGGGUCCCGUUGAGUCUCGAUGGUGUUUGUUUGCAUUCUGUGGGUCCGCUCCCACUCGCUGUUUUGGGAGAUCGGCAGAGUGGUUUCAUUCCCGAGCUGUCCAUUUACCUCCAUAUUCACUUCAAGCCGGUAGAUUUUUGUUUCCAGUACUGCUAUCUUCUGGAGCAGUUUGUGGUAAUCAUCCAUUGACAGGGGAGGCAUGUUGCUGCUACUUAGCUUUCGUUAGCCGAAUUCCUCAGCUCUGAUAAGGCAGACUUGUGUUCCAGUAACGACAAAAAAGCACUUUAAAAGGCUCAAAAAUGCUCAAAAAGCCUUUGUUUGAAUAAAAACAAGAUUAAAAGAAAAUUCCAAGACUUACUGAGUAAUUUAGAGGUGAUUAAAAAUGAUUAAAAAGAUGAUUGAAGCAGGAGCAAAGCAGAGAGACGUCUGCACAGUAGCGAAGCAGCAGAGAAAAAGGGAGAAAAAAAAAUAAAGAAACUGGAGAGCGAAGCAUUAAAAUGUCAUAAGUUGACAAAUAUUUUCGCAAGCAGCAGUCUGGCUGCAACGGCCACGUCGGGUAACAACUGCCCAACCCUCGUCGAUGGUGAGAGUGGCAGCUGCGGACGCUCUGACGUGCAGCCGGUGCAGGGAGAGAGAAAAGAAGAGAGAGGGUGUAAUGAUAAUCUGGUGGAAGUUCCCCAGACAAGCGCAGGGCAAGUAAAAAGGGAUGAAGAGGGUCACUUGCUCGGUAUACUGGCAAUUGUUAUCCACUAGGUACCUACAUUUUAAAUGAAAUAAAUGACAAUCAAAGGGUUAGUUCCCGCUAGUCCGUUUGCAAUCGUGUCAAGUUACAGUAUGCUAGUCCUACUAUCACUCGCCUAAGGAAAAAUAUUUUAGCUGUAAAACAACGUAUACACACGCAGCAGCAAUAUUCAGAAGAAAUAUAACAAAAUAUUAAUACAAUGAAUGGUUUUACUUUAAAGUUUAGUUAAAUUGAUUUUUUUUUUUUUUAUCAUGUAUAUACCAUUUUGUUUUCUGGUUAAUACUUUCCAAUGAAGGUUAUAUAUCCAGGAUUUGUCUUGAAAUGUUUAUUGUAUUUUCAUUUAAAUGUAUUAUUUGUAUGGCAAGAUUAAUUAUGGCAGGGGUCUCCAAACCGGUCCUCAAGGGCCGCUGUGGGGCCUGGUUUUUGUUUCAACCGUCCAGUACCGACAGUUUAACCAAUAAAGUUUCUGCUAAAACAAGCAGCACCUGACUGCAAUCAACUGAUUACACUCGUAAGACACCAGAUUGGUGCAUAGGUGUUGUCUUGUUUUGUUGGAAUGAAAUCCUGCGCCCGCUGCGGCCCUAUGUGGAAUAGUUUGAAGCCCACUGAAUUAUGGCAUAAACAAUGAAAUCAUUUUAUAGACAGAUAUAUAGAGACAUAUAUUAAAAUCAAUUGGAUACAUAGAAUUGCUUUGAAAAAUAAAUUCUUUCAUUGGUUUUUUCAGGUUGAUCAUAGAGCUAGUACAGAAAAUGAACCCAACUCCAGUUGAGCCUUGCAGUACUUUGAGCGCCCCAAGUCAGACAGUCAUAGUCUAGACCAGUGCUUCUCAAUUAUUUUCUGUCACGCCCCCCCAAGGAAGACGUAAAUGUUUCGCGCCCCCCCAAACUCUCUGCCGCCACUGUAAAUAGUAUCAUUUGUCUAUAAAAUUACUAUUAUAACUACGCAUCUGCCUAACAUCGUGUCCUUUUUUUCUAAUAAAGAAAAAAAGUAACAUAGAUCAACUUAUAAUAAAGUAUAACUUUAUUAACAUUGUUUUGUUUGUAACAGAGAAGACUUGACGUGCAUCAAUUUGCCUGAAUUAAAAAAAAAAAAAAAAUCACAUCCAAACUAAAAAAUACACUCAAGGUACAUUUUUGACCAUUUGAUACAGAAAAAUAAAAUGUAAUAAAAUCAGUAAAUAAUACCAAAUUGAAAUUGAUUAGAAACAUUCACUCAUGAGGACAAUGUGCCAAAACAUUUGACCGAAAAAACAAAUCUGAAUAAAAAGGGGAAAAAAGUGUCCUUGGACAGGACAGUUUUUAUUUUUGCUGCUCACAGUAUUUACCUCCUUUGCAAUGGUGUGGAGUUAUUUUGCAAUUAGCAUGCUAACAAUGCUCACUGGCUUACUGAUAUAACACUGACAAAGCAGGACGAUUGUUGGCAAUAUUCGGCACGUUUUCACUGAAAAAAUCAAGCGGCUUAACAAUGAGAUUGGGGUCUAAUGUCUUUAAGUGGCGUCUUAAUUGAUUUGGCUUCUUGCUGUCUGCUAUUAUUAUUUUUAGACACAGUAAACAGUGGUCUUUCAUCAUCACGCACUGUAUUAAAAGUCAAAGCUAAAAGGCAAACGGCACGAAAAAAGCGCAUUCACGGCGGCCGAGGUAGAACCGUAGGUGAGGGCAGUCGUCGUGACGAUCCCAAGCCGAAAAUGGCACUUCUCGAGCAGCGACGUGAGAACCGGACAAGACAGUGGGUCGCUGCGUGAGUGAGUCCGGUCGGAAAACGGCUUUCGAAAACAGCGGUGGCACACUGCUCUUCAUAUCUGUUGUCUGUGAGUGCUGAGUGCUCUUCCUUAGUUCAAAAAUACUGCGCGCACUCUGAAAAUGAGAGCGCCACUGCCACCUACUGAGUGGAUGUGCAAGCACACUUUAUUCCAGUACGGCAAAAAAAAAAAAAAAAAAACAUGUUUCCCGAGGUCACAUGCGCCCCCCCUGGCAUUGCUCUGCGCCCCCCCAGGGGGGCGCGCCCCACUAUUUGAGAAGUACUGGUCUAGACACAUUUUCUUCAUUUUCUCUCAUCAAAGUGCACGAAAUUGAUGCAUUUUACAAUAAAAUGUAAAAAAAAAAAAAAAAAAAAAGUCUUCCGUGGGGGGCAAGCCCCCGGACCCCUUAGGGGGUCUGUGUUUCCCUUCGUAUAGCGAUUCUUGUGGGCUGGGCCGAGUCAAAGUCCAGGGCUGCUUUUUAGUCCCAGUCCGCCCCUGAGCAAUAAUGUUAAAAGAAUGUGAAAAAUGUUCCAGUGCCACAGUAGGGUCCGUAACGGAGAAUAAAUUAUUCAUAUUUGAGGCAGACACAUCCGUAAUAAAGUUCUGGAGACUAAAAUGUUUGUAGUUUCGUGUGGAAAUUAACUGAGAAUGGGAUUUGGGCAUUUUAGUGUUUCGGAUGCAGGCAAUGGGACAAUGGUCACUGAUGUCAAGUGGAAGAACUCCAGAUGGAGGGUAAUUAUGAGGUCUGUAAAAAUGAUAUCAAUUUAAGUGGAAUGGAGAGGGGUUUUUUUUAAUUUGGUCUGGUGGGUUUAACUAUUAGUUGAGCUAAUGGCACAAUUCUUUAAUAUAUUAGAGGUGUCAGAGAGCCAAUCCAGAUUUAGAUCACCCAUGAUUAUUAAUUCUGAGUUGAUGUAUUUUGAGAGAAUCUUACCAAUAUCAUCGAGAGUGUCAAC